AGAUAGACACUGCUGCCUAGCUGGCCAGCACCCCUCCACAAGGCUCCAUGGCCAAUAGCACCACUGUGGUAAAGAUACCAGGCACUCCUGGGGCAGGCGGUCGGCUUAGCCCUGAAAACAAUCAGGUAUUGACCAAGAAGAAAUUACAAGAUUUAGUCAGAGAAGUGGAUCCUAAUGAGCAGCUGGAUGAAGAUGUGGAGGAGAUGUUGCUGCAGAUCGCCGAUGAUUUCAUCGAGAGUGUGGUGACAGCGGCCUGCCAGCUUGCUCGGCAUCGCAAGUCUAGCACCCUAGAGGUGAAAGAUGUCCAGCUGCAUCUAGAGCGCCAGUGGAACAUGUGGAUCCCAGGAUUUGGCUCUGAGGAAAUCCGACCCUACAAGAAAGCUUGCACCACAGAAGCUCACAAACAGAGAAUGGCAUUGAUCCGGAAAACAACCAAGAAAUAACACAGGACAGUCAGGGAAUGGACGACAUGUACUUGGAGAUACUUGAGCUGAGACCUCAGCCAUCUCAUCCUUGGAUUUUUUUUUAAAUGCUUUACAGAGAAGCAUAUAUUUUUUAUUAACAGUGCAGCAAUAUCUAUAAUGACUGAGAAGAUCUGCCAAAAGAAUAAAGCCUCCUACCCCAACUUCUGGUCCCUUUCCCUGCCAUCUCAAAGGAGGAGACUUUCCCUGUGGUUUAUCUUAUAAACGACUGACUGUAGGCAGA